AUGCAGUACAUAGGACAGUAUGAACAUGAUCAAAUUCAAUAUUAUAAUCAAGAAAAUAUUAGUAUUACUUUACAUAAUCAAAAUUUAUGGAAACAAUUUCAUGAAAUAACUAAUGAAAUGAUUGUUACAAAAGUUGGCCGUCGGAUGUUUCCAAUAAUAUCAAUAAUUAUUCGUGGUUUAGAUCCUGAAAAAAUGUAUACUAUAGAAUUAUCAUUUGAUCAAAUUGAUUCUCAUCGUUGGCGUUAUGUUAGUAGUAAAUGGCAACCAGGUAUGAAACCUGAAUUACAAAUUCAACGUUUACUUUAUCAACAUCCUGAUUCACCAAAUUAUGGUCGAAAAUGGAUGAACGAUAUAAUAACAUUUCCUAAAGUUAAAUUAACAAAUAAAAUUGAUCCAACUAGAACAUCUCAGGUUUUACUUAAUUCACUUCAUAAAUAUAAACCAAAAAUUUCUAUUAUUGAUAUUCUAUUAAAAAAGACAAUCUAUGAAACAAGUUUUGAUGAAACGGAAUUUAUUGCUGUGACAGCUUAUCAAAAUGAAGAAGUCAGAGCAUUAAAAAUAAGACAUAAUCCAUUUGCAAAAGCAUUUCUUGACAUUGAUAAUACUAAAAGAGAAAUGGCAGAAGAACAAGACAGUCAUGUUCCAAUGUUUUAUUCACAAGAAUCAUCAUCAGGAGGACCAGAUCGACUUAAAGUUCAAUCAUAUCGAUCAACACCUUAUAGUCAUUCUCAUUCACAACGAAAAUCAUCACCAACGAAUGUUUUUGCAUAUCCAUCAUCGUCAACUUCACCGUUUGAUUUAUCAACAUUCUAUCCUCCAAUACCAUCAACUAAUAUUCCAUGCUCAUCAUCAUCAUCGCCUCCAUUAUCGGAUGGUACUACUUAUUAUUCGAAUCCAUAUUAUCCACCACCAUCUUCAUAUUAUUUUCCAUAUGCAGCAUCAUCAUCAUCAUCAAUAGGUCAUUAUCCAUUUAUUACUCCUUUCAAUUAUCCUUUAAAUAAUAGUUUAAAUCAAGAAACAACAUCAUUUUUACAGAUGCAACCACCGAUGUCUAUUUCAUCAACUGAUAAUAAUUAUUUGACUUCAUCAUCAUUAGUAAAACAUAAUAUUGAACACUAUUAA